CCCCGGCCCGGCCCGUGAGGGGAUGGAGGGUGGCGGCGGGGCCGACGCGGCACCCGGCGCGGGGCCGGGGCCAGAGCCGGAGUCGAGGUCGGAGCCGCAGCCGGAGCUGGAGCCGGAGCCGGAGCCGCUGGUCGGGCUGCCGCUGCUGGAGCCCGGGCUGCCGCUGGGGCCGGCGGCGGGCGCGCCCCUCGGGUACCUGCACGUCCUGUGGCAGCGGGAGGAGCCGGCGGGCAAGAUCCCGGCCCGCCGCCUGCGCAGGGCCGCCCGCCUGCACCGCCGGCUGGGGCCCACGGGCAAGGAGGCCCACGCUCUGAAAAGGCUGCGUGAAGCUGCCAAUAGCAAUGAUUUAGACACAGUGCAGCAACUCUUGGAGGAUGGAACUGAUCCCUGUGCUGCGGACGACAAAGGCCGGACCGCCCUGCACUUCGCCUCCUGCAAUGGCAACGAUCACAUUGUGCAACUGCUUCUGGACCAUGGGGCUGACCCAAACCAGAGAGAUGGGCUGGGCAACACCCCCCUACAUUUGGCUGCCUGCACGAACCACGUUCCUGUCAUCACCAUGCUGCUGCGCGGAGGGGCCAGAGUUGACGCCUUGGAUCGAGCCGGCAGAACCCCGCUGCACCUCGCUAAAUCGAAGCUGAACAUCCUGCAGGAAGGACUGUCCCACAGCCUGGAGGCCGUACGCCUGGAAGUGAAACAGAUUAUCCAGAUGUUGCGGGAAUACCUGGACCGUCUGGGGAGGCAUGAGCAAAAGGAACAGCUGGAUGACCUCUGUUCCAGGUUACAGAUGACAAGCACGAAGGAGCAGGUGGAUGAGGUUACAGACCUCCUGGCCAGCUUCACAUCGCUCAGCCUGCAGAUGCAGAAGAUGGAGAACAGGUAAUGGGCUUCCAAAUCAUCUUCCUGAUGCAGCAGAAGAAGCCUUAGAGAGAAAAAAAGGAAGCUGAAGCUUGCUUCCCAGAUCGCUGAAUAAACAUUGCUGCCAGCGGCCUUUCCUGCCA